UUCACAAUUGGCAGAGGCGUUGGGUAUCGACCACGCAAUACAAAGAAUAACAGGGCAGAUACUCCAGAAGCCGCAGCUAAAAGCGCAACAUCGUUUCGGCUCUGCGGCAUCGCGUUUCUUUUGCUUUGGCCUGGAACAAAAUUCGAACUUUAAUCUCAUUUUUACCAGUCGUACAUAAUUUGAUCAUCCCCUGUAUCACUGUGGAAUCACACCAUCAACGAGAAACCAAUAUGGAGAGCGCAUCGGAGCUGGUAGAAUUCCCAUUGUUGUUGACCCCGAUCGAUUCCAAUUACAGAGCCUGCACUAUUCCUUACAGAUUCCCGUCUGAUAAUCCACGCAAGCCUACUCCUACCGAGCUGUCUUGGAUUGAUCUCUUCUAUAAUUCUAUUCCUUCGUUCAAGAAGCGUGCAGAGAGUGAUACUUCUGUUCCUGACGCUGCUUCCAGAGCUGAAAAAUUUGCUCAAAGGUAUGCUGAAAUACUUGAAGAUUUAAAGAAAGAUCCAGAAAGUCAUGGUGGGCCUCCAGAUUGCAUACUUCUCUGCAGACUUCGUGAGCUAGUACUUAGAGAACUGGGAUUCAGAGAUAUCUUCAAGAAAGUCAAGGAUGAAGAGAACGCAAAAGCCAUCUCCCUAUUUGAGGAUGUUGUUCGCCUUAAUGAUGCAAUUGAAGAUGAAGGCAAGCGACUUGAGAAUCUAGUUAGAGGGAUUUUUGCGGGAAACAUAUUUGAUCUUGGCUCUGCUCAGCUUGCAGAGGUUUUCUCUAAAGAUGGGAUGUCCUUCUUAGCUAGUUGUCAAAAUCUUGUCCCUAGACCUUGGGUUAUUGAUGACCUUGACACUUUCAAAAUGAAAUGGAGCAAGAAGCCCUGGAAGAAGGUUAUCAUAUUUGUUGAUAACUCUGGUGCAGACAUCAUUUUGGGUAUUUUGCCCUUUGCAAGGGAGCUUCUUCGGCGUGGGAGUGCGGUUGUAUUGGCUGCUAAUGACUUACCUUCCAUCAAUGAUGUGACUUACCCUGAGCUAGUUGAAAUUAUAUCCAAGCUAAAGGAUGAAGAAGGGAGGCUCCAGGGUGUCGAUGCUUCAAAUCUAUUAAUUGCUAACUCUGGCAAUGAUUUGCCGGUUAUUGAUCUUGCGAGGGUAUCACAAGAGCUUGCAUAUCUGGCCAGUGAUGCAGAUCUUGUCGUCUUGGAAGGGAUGGGUCGUGGAAUCGAAACAAAUCUUUAUGCUCAGUUUAAAUGCGAUUCGCUCAAGAUUGGGAUGGUGAAGCACCCAGAGGUUGCCCAAUUUCUAGGAGGACGUCUAUAUGACUGCGUAUUCAAAUAUAACGAAGCAUCCAGCUUAUAAGGAUUAAGCAUCACUCUUUAUUAAUCUGCUAAUGCUGCUUAUGCGACACAUAUAUUUGUUUAGGGUUUAGUAUUUCAUUCUGGAAUUUGAAACACGCUUGCAUUGAUUUAGAUAUCCUGCUGAGUGCAUGGCUUGCGUAACGCAGAGACUGUAAUAUUGCUUUCUCGUAUCAUCAUCACUUGAAUCUGUUACCAUCUAAACUCUUGAAAUUAUUCUUCUCCUAUGAGGAAAUAAUUUUGCAUUGAUGUUUUACUCAGAUCAUUAUUGGUAUUAA